CGCGCGGCCGCGCGGCGCCAGGAGCUCGGCGGCGGCGGCGAAAGCGGCGGCGCGGCAGCCCGGAGCGGUGAAGCAGCCGACCAGAAGCUCGGAGCCCGCGGGGCUCAGGGCCCGCCAUUCCGCCGGCGUCGCGGCCAGGGCGCGGCGCCGAAACUGCUCGAGCGCGAGCUGCGACUCGAGCUCGCUUUCCUCGCCGCGCUGGAGGCCGGCGGCGAGCUGCUUGAUCCAUCCGUCCAUUUCUAG